AUGACGUUUUCGCCGGACGAGGACGCGGCGAUUCUCGGUUUUUUGGCCCGGGAAGCGAAAAAAGCGGACGCGCCUUUGAAUAUGAUGCGAGUUUGGCGCAAAUUCAAAAUUCACAGUGGCUCGAAGAGAAGUGUCGAGAGCAUUUUGGCCAGGUUGGCUUGGCUCGAAAAUGCUCCCCCAACAUGUCUUUUUUUAAGAUUUCGCACCUACCUGCGUGGAUCGAUUCACGAAGCGUCGCAAUUCGACACCGAAACCAAAGUACGAAUGCUUUUCGCCUCGGAGACCCCAGUCGACCGACAGUAUUUGGAAAAGUUGAGAAGAAGGGCUGAGGUGAAAGUGAAUCGAAACGGGGCGAUUGUGCGCUACAAAAGUGAGCGAUUCGAGCUGUCAGGAGUCAAGAAACUGGGAUACUACUGCUCGGAAGACUCUGAUUCUCAAGGGGAAGACGUUUCGAACGUGUUCUUCAGUAAACGAGAAGAUUUGGACAUUCUCAACUUCCUGGCUAAAAAAGCCACAUUGAGCACUUCGAGUCACGCUCCGAUGUCGUCGAUCUGGCAGGAAUUCGUCGUUUUGACCGGGUCCCGUAGAGCGGAACCGUGCAUAACGCGUCGGUUCGUUAGAAUCUGUACAAUCUUUAUUAAAAUUCAAUUUUUCUUAAAGAUUCCGUGAGCACCUGGCGCCAGAAAUCCAUAAAAUGGAUCAAUUCGACGUGGACACCAAAAUUCGAAUGCUUUUUCUCUCCAGAACUCCAAUAAAUCCGUGUUUUUUGGACGAAUUGCGAGAGAGUGCGAUUGUGGAAGUGGACAAUGAAAGGCGUAUUCUGAAGUUCGCGAAUGAUCGAAUAAAGCUGUCAGCAACGGAACCGGAGAACGGCAGUCAUGAUAUCGUCGGAAGAUCAGAGAGAAAAAGGAAGAGACCCGUGAAAUUGGACAACGAAAUUGUCGAUGAUUAUGGAAAUGUGACAAUUGAGAAGCAAAUGAGCAGAAGGCAGAAACUGGAAGAUAAAGUGGGUAAAACUGUGUUUUUUGUCAAUAAAAACAGCAAAUUCACAGUUUGACUAGAAAACGGGAAAUUUUUGGAUUGUUUUGAUAUUUUGGACUGUUGCUUGCAUUCCUGUAAAUUCGGCUACUCGAAAGCUGAAAAUCUUGUUUGAAAACCGUUCAGAUCGGCCCUAAUAAAAAUGAAUAACCCUGACGCCAUUUUGCGGCUCGAAUCAAUCAUUCCGCAUUCCGCAAACAUACAUUUUCACUUUCGCGAAUCUCUGGCUCGGCGUCCCUUUUUUUCAAGUUCAAAAUGAUAAUAAAACAUUUCAGAGAAUCACCACCGGCCUCAGAAGCUAUAAAACGUUUGGCGAAGAGGAGGAGAAGCGCAUGCUGCAAUUCGUGGCUGAGAAAGCGAAAACGACGGGCGUCGCACUGUCGCAACGUCAUCUUUGGCAGGAAUUCCGAUGCGAGACGGGAAGCGAGCGAUCCCCCGAGAGUCUCCGAAUGCGCUUCUUCCGAUAUCUGGCUCCGAAUAUCCAUAAAAUGGACGAGUGGGAUGUGGAGACUCGCGCCAGAAUGCUCUUUGUUUCGGGCGUUCCGGUGCGCGACGAGAAGUUUUUGAGAGAAGUGAAGGGGAAAAUGGAUUUGGAGACGGAUGAGAAUGGAUGCAUUCGAAGGAUCAAACGUGUUUUCAGAUAUCCAGAAGUCGGGGUCCAAGGCUUUUACGGGGAUUCACUGUUGGAAUGCGCGCUGACGAGAAUCAAUGAGAUCGAGUGCAAACCGGAGGGCGCUGUGAAGCCAAAACCCGUUGAAAAUGACAUUUCGAUGAAUUUCCAAGUGCCGGAAGACAUGAAAGAGGCUGUGCUGGCUCAGUACUGCGCAUUGUUCGAGAGAAACGAGGAGGCGGUCAAAGGGAAACAAUCGGAAGGUUUCAUGCUCGAAGAAAAGGACGAUUUCGAGCUGGAAGAGCCGAAAAAUAAGCCUAUUUGGGAAGAUUAG